AACCUUAGUAAAGUCCCAUUUUUAUUAAAUACAAAAUAAAGUAUUUAUUUUGACUUUUCUUCUCGAUAAAAAAAAAUCCCGUCAGUCUGGCGUCUGAAAAAUACAAAAUCGGGUGACGUCGAAUACCCUACGUCACGUAGAACAAGUGAAGUGAACAACCUAACACAAUUAAAUGAAAUGACGUCGAAUAGCCUUACGUCAGAUUAGAACAGAAACAGCUCAACAGUCCGAACCACCGAGUUUAUGGCUACCGACUGCUCCAUCUACCAAACCAGCAAUUCCUUUAUUGAACGCAGACAUCAGCACCGCCUCUCACAAAAUCAAAGCCUUUUUUUUUUCAUUCCAAAAACGGCAGAAGCUUUCUCCACAUUGAGUUUGUCAUUAUAAUCGUGACACGUGACAAUCGUGAGAAGAAGAGGAAAUGCACCACUCUCGCUUUCCUCGGACCUUUAUAAAAACCCGCCUGAGUUCCACCUCCAAAACCACCAUGAACAGGAAGCAAACCCUUCCCCUGAAGAAAGCUAAAACAGAGUGAGGAAAAAUGGGAGAAGUAGCGCCGCAGAGAAAUGCACACGUUGUGCUCCUUCCAUACCCAAGCCAGGGCCACAUCAACCCGCUCCUCCAAUUCGCCAAACGCCUCUCUUCCAAAGGCGUGAAAGCCACAAUGGCCACCACCCACUACACCGUCGGCUCCAUCACCGCCUCCCCCGCCGUCGUCGUCGCCGUCGAGCCCAUCUCCGACGGUUUCGAUGCCGGAGGGUUCGUUCAGGCUCGAGACGAGCGGACGUUCCUCCAGUCGUUCGAGACCCACGGCACCAGAACCCUGUCCGAGCUCGUGGCGAGGCACGAGAGAACCGACUCCCCUGUCACUUGCAUCGUCUACGAUUCUUUCCUGCCGUGGGCGCUUGACGUUGCCAGGGGACACCGCAUUUAUGGAGCCGCGUUCUUCACGAACUCGGCCACCGUCUGCGGCGUGUUCUGCCGCGUCAGCCGCGGCGUGAUCACGCUGCCGUUGGCGUCCGAGGAGGAUGGGGUGGCUGUCCCUGGGUUGCCUAAGCUGGGUCGUGCUGAUCUGCCGACCUUCGUCAGGUUUCCGGAGAGCAACCCGGCCUACUUGGCGAUGGUGCUGUGUCAGUAUUCGAACUUGGACGAGGUCGAUUGGGUUUUCUGCAACACAUUUCAGCAACUGGAGAGCAAGGAGGCAGGAAGUGUCAAAGAGCAUUGGCCGGCGAGACUGAUUGGCCCGAUGAUUCCUUCGUCCUACUUAGACGGCCGGAUUGCCGGUGACAAAGGAUAUGGAGCGAGUCUCUGGAAACCACUCAGUGAUGAGUGCCUAAAAUGGCUGGAGAACAAGAAACCCAGAUCAAUAGCAUACAUUUCCUUCGGCAGCAUGGUGUCUUUGACAGAAGAGCAGAUGGGAGAGAUUGCAGCGGCGUUGGAGGAAACCGGCAUUCAGUUCCUGUGGGUGGUUAGGGCUUCAGAGCACAGCAAGCUCCCAACUCGGUUCAGGGAGUUGAAUGCUUCAAAGGGUCUAAUAGUGCCAUGGUGCAACCAGCUUGAGCUGUUGGCACACAAGGCCACAGGCUGCUUCGUCACACAUUGCGGCUGGAACUCGACCCUUGAAGGGCUGAGCCUGGGUGUGCCAAUGGUGGCUAUGCCGCAGUGGAGUGAUCAGGUCACCAAUGCCAAGUAUGUGGAGGAGAUUUGGAAGAUUGGUGUUAGAGUGAAGGAAGACGAGACGGGGGUUGUUAGAAGGGAGGAAGUAGCUAGGUGCUUGAAGGAAGUGAUGAUGGAGGGGAGUAGAAGCCUGGAGAUUAAGGUAGCUGCAAGGAAAUGGAAGCAGAUGGCUAUGGAGGCGGUGAGCGAGGGAGGUGAAUCGGACCGAGAAAUCAACAACUUUGUUAAGAAGCUGCUUUCUUAUAGUGACCAUUCAAGUCAUACAAGGAUACAAUAAAUUUACAAGGCGACGAUGAGAAGGAAAUGAAAAAACAUGACAGAAUAGU